CUAAUCCUUGCUAGUUUGCUGUUGGUGUAGAGCCUAGCUAGGGGAGAGAAACCGUGGGGGAAUGUAGAAUACCUAUGGCAAUAAAGAAGUAAAGUUUAGGAUUGAUAAACAUCUGGAAACGUGGAUGAAAGUAACCGAUCAGGUAUCACCAGCAACAUCUCUUCUCUCCCCUGGCUCUCCAGCGUGUAAGGAAUAUAUCAUAUCUGUAGUCACCCAGUGCCUCUCUAUUUUGCCCUUCAUCUUCACCAGUGCUAAAGCUAACACCAGCAGGACAGGAGAAAGACAAGUUAAGGGAUUUUUUUUCAACAUUUUGAGGAAAGUGAAAUCCACUGCAGCUACCAAAGUUACCUGUUAAUACUGUAUUAAGUUCAGUGGCCCCGAAAUCCAACCUCAUCCAAGCUUCUGAUAAGUUUAAACCUCAACUUUUCAUCAGCAUUACUCAGUUCUCUCAUCAGGUCAUAUUAGAAAACUGUAAACACUACUUUGCACAAUUAUGGCCUCCAUCACCCAGUCAUCCGAGCCUGACAUCCCAGACAACCACAAAGAGAGCUGGCUGGCACUACUUUCUGCUGCGGAAUCGUAUUGCCAAAAGUCGGGCUGCGACCUGGCCCUACUUACGGCGUGUAAGAAGUUCCGGUCAUCGGCUGGAGGCGGAGAUGGGACGAGGAAGCGGGAGAGCAGCAGUGCCUUUCCGAAGGAGUGUGAUUUCUCCUACAAUGUGUGGGGUCAAGGGUUUCUGGCAGAGUCGGCGCGCCGCUACAUGGAGGACAUCGGCGUGCUGCACUCCACGACCAUGCUAACGACCCAAAAGCACAUACGCCAGGCGGGGAGACCGGGAGGAACCAAACUGGUGGUUGACCUAACCUCUGACCCCGGAAACAGGGGGAGCUCUACAGGCGACGGCGUGGUGGGCGGAGUCAGUCCCAAUAACAGACUGUACUCCCAAAGCUACCCAUCAAUCUACAGCUCAGGACCUGUGAGCGGCCAGGGUGGUGUGCAGAACGGCAACGGAGAGGUGGAACAGGAGAAGUGUGCCCUGGAAGCCGUGGAGGGCAGACAAAGGUCUGGGAUUGUGGACUUGGAAGAAGAGUGUGAGGAUGAGGAGGAAGAGGAGGAGGAGGAGGAGGACAUGGAUGAGAGGAGACCCUAUGGGAAUGAAAGUGCUGGUGUCUUCUCCAUGGAUGAGGACUCUCUGUCUCGGGACUGCGAGCCGUUCUUUGAGUCCGACGGGGAGGAGGAGAGCACCGAUGGCUCUCUGAGCGAGGAUGCUCCUCCGCCGACGCGUGGCAUGGCUAUGAGUCAGGCUUCAUUCUCGUCCCGUCACGCCAACGCCAUGGCUCUGGCCCGCUCGCUGCCCGUGUCGGUGCCGGUAUGGGGCUGCAGAGGAUCCAGAGCUCAAGGAGAAGGCAACAGUGGAGAACGGAUGGGCGUUGCUGACCUGGAGCACAUCGCUGCCAGUAUGAAGGCCCUGCUGGCCCCCGGAGCCAGUGACGGGACUGAAAUGUUUGGGGCCCUGCCUCGGCCCCGACUCAACACAGGGGACUUCUCCCUCAAGCACUGAG